UAUAUUUGUAGAAAAUGAUAAAAUGAUGCCACGCGUAGUAAUUCUUUUAUCGCGGUUUAUUUUCAAUCGAUACGACGACGCUGCGUUUAACAUUCUUCUUGUUGUACCGACGAAAGCGAAGAAUAAUGCCUGAGCGAUUAUGCGUUCAUCGACAAUCGGAUGGAAAUGAAGAGCCUCCGUCUCGUCUCGAGUGGCAAAGUAUACGAUCCGGAAUGUCGAUACCAGUUGUGACGUCUGAUCAAAUUGACGGAUAACAACAAUAUUGAUGACGCGCAAGAAAGAGAGAGGGAGAGAAUUUCCUUCAGAUUCGGUCGUCGAUCCAUCUCGACGAUGAACCACCAAUGAAAGGCAGGAUGCGGCCGGCACCGGACGUAACGAGUCCGGCAUACGCAAACAGUUCCAGAAACGAAGGAAACACCCUUUAUCGUCAUCGUGCGUUACGAUGAUUUAUGCACGCACACAACACAAAAUACAAUCAUAAGAUAAUGCUUCUAAAUAUGGCGUGGCUUUUAAAUCGACUGUUAAAAUAAUUGUCGUAUAAUCGGUGGUCAAAUGUUUAUAAAAAAAUGUUUAUGAGACAUUGUUCACGUUUGUUACAUCGAGGUUUUUACGAUUUUAUAAACAUGCGUUUGAUGAUGCGUGGUCAUUGCCAAUGAUUUUAGAGAGAAUAAUAUACAUAAUCGAUUGACAUUUAUUAGGAAAACAUUUAUGUAGGAAACAAUUGGUCUUCUUGAAACGCAAUUAUUCCCAAUAUUGGUUGCUGAAAAAAAAAUAUAUUAUCAAAAUUGUUGUCACGAGAUAUAUAAAAUCGUUGAAGACGUUCGCCUUAUAAAAUAUAUAGGGAUAAAUCGGACAAAGCGAUAAAAAUCCAAUAUUGAUCAGAGCCGUGCUUGCUUCUGCCAGAAGCAUGUGCUGCGUACACUAAUAUAAAUGACAUUAAAUGCAUUUGCAAAGUUUGUCAACCUAGCUGGGACAUUAUCUGACUUGCCGCGACAGCUCAGAAUGUAUAGGUACAACUACCAUGAAUAUACACGGGGUGUAUAGCAUGUGGAAAUUACAUUUUCCAUACACUUUCCAUAGAAAUAACUAUCAUUUAGGAAAGUGGCACGUGCGCUGAGAUUCAUAUUGUUGCGUGCGUGUGUGCGUGUGCGCGCACGCACUACUAUUUUUAUGUAGUCUUCAAUUUCAAUCACAGUUUGAGAUUCAUACCGUAAUUAUUUUCAAUUAUCCUGCGAACACGUCAUUAUAUCCAAUAUCUUCCACCUGGCUUGGCUCGAAAAUUGAAGUCUAUAUAUCAGUACCGUAUUCCGUUAUCGUCGUCCGCGUCAGAUGCAAAGCAAUAACGAAGAUGAUUAAUCUGUCGAUAGUUACACAUCUCAGUCGCAAAAUAUUAAUCGUUUUAUUGACAGAGAAGAUUGUUUUCUCUUCUCGCGCAUACAUCAUGUAUGUGCUCCGCAUGCCGAUAUAUAUGUCGUUGGGUAUUGGAACAAUAGGCUGUGCAUCGUCGUCGUCGUCGUCCUCCUCCGUUUUCAUUCGCCGUGUUUCCUCUUUCGCGUCUCGCAUCCUGCAAGAGAAACGAGACGUGCUGGCCGAUCCUCUCUCUGUCAGUGCACGCUUUACCUUCGUGCAUGACACUUUGUUCGAAUCUCGCGAUAUAUUCCGUUCGGCGCUAUCCGUUUCAUAAUGGUCUAGUUUUCCGUAUGUCUUAAAUGGAUGAAAUACUCGACAUAAAUAAAAGAAAUGUUUAGUCACUUUUUCCUUUUAAAAUUCUUUAUUUCAAUCUCGAGUGAAGGAAUGAACAAGUGUGAUUUGCGUCAUCAUCAAACUACACGUACGCAUCUUUGACGUUGCGGUCGUUGGAUUAUCAAGGGUUGAUGUAGAGAACUUGUUAUUCGCAUAAUGAAUGCCGAGGAAAUUAAAGUGGGCUGCUUUCAAAUGAUGCUGGUACUGUUGCUCGGAAUAAACUAUGUCAUCGUUGCUAUGAGUCAUGCAUUGUUAAUUUUCCACAAUUAUACACCAAAAUUUUAUUGUCAGGCGAAAGACUCACCACAUAAGACUUAUGGCUGUCGAGAGUCAGCAAAUUUAUCGAUCGUCGCCAAUCUAACUUCCGCAUUGCCGGAAGUGCCGAUUCUUGAGGCUUGUUCCGGCGAAUAUCGCUUCGUGACGGAGUUUGCGGAGAACAGCGUCGUCACCGAAUGGGGCUUAAUAUGCGAGAGACGGUACCUGUCUUUCCUCGGACCGACCGUUUAUUACGUCGGAGUUCUUUUGGGUGCGUGGAUCACCGGAUUUCUAGCCGAUUGUAUCGGCAGACUUCCGGUCCAAGCGAUAUGUCUUUACGCGCAAGGCACGAUGGCGGUGGCACUCUACAUGGUACAGAGUUAUCCCGCGUUUCUGGUGCUGCGAGGUCUUCAAGGGGUAUUCGUUCAGGGAUUGCAGAAUUCCACGUAUAUUCUCUCUCUCGAGCUAUUCCCAGCACAACUUCGCACACUUGUCGCAUUGAUUAUGCAAAUCUCCUGGUCCAUCGGCCUCAUACUGCUCGCGAUGCUCAGCUACGUAAUUCCCGAUUGGCGAAUUUUACAAUUAGCCGUUUCCGUGCCCACCGCAGUCACUGUGUUGUACAUUUGGAUUAUACCGGAAUCGCCGAGAUGGCUAUUAGCUAAAGGGAAAUCGACAGAGGCCGAUAUAGCUUUUGAAAGAAUCGCAAAGUAUAACAGUUGCUGCACUAGAUCGCGAACGGAGAAUACCUUUGUGCAAGAAGCAUGCGUGAAAAGUAACACAACACCGAUAAAACCAGAAAGGAAGUCGCGCGUCACCAGUGUCGAACUAAAGAAAGCGAAGGCCGAUGAAAAUCAACAGGAAGAAGCUACGAGUUUGUUGAACCGUUCAAAGCCGAUUCAAGUCGAAGAAAAAGUUAUAGAACAAACUUCGGAAGUUAAUUCGAUAAACUUGGAAAACAGAUUUUUUACCUUGGAUUUACAUCGCGAAACGCUAAGUUCGUUGAAAAAUUUCGAUCAAAAAGAUCUGCCUUCUAGUUCGGUUUGUGAUCGAAACUCGAGAACAAUUUCACUAUCAAAUGAUCAGAGGGAGAUUUCCCUCAAAGAUACGGAGGUAGUAUUACGUAGAAUAAAGAAAGAAAAAACCACCGAAAAUGAAGAAAAGACAAAAAAUGAGAAUCAGACGAACAAGACGAGCUCAAUUUUAAAAAGCAUGUCGGAAUCUUUCAUGUUAAGAAAACAGGGUGUUAUAAUGAUUUGUCAAUGGUGGACAUCAGCAAUGGUAUGUGGUAUACUUGAUGAUUUGAUGCCAAAUUUUACGAUUAAUAGACAUAUAACGUUUGCUCUGGGAGGAAUUCUCGAGAUUGCAACGUACACAUUUGUAUACUUUAUAAUAUCUAAAUAUGGUAGACGGCUGCCUAUGUGCAUGUACCAAUUCUUCAAUGGUAUCGUUUGCAUUUUAAUUGCGAUCUUUCUCAUUUUAACAACUACUGCACCGUGGAUCGAUCUCGCGAAAACGAUAACAUUGCUGUUUGGCAAAGUGACUGUCACGAGUACCAUAUCUAUUGUCUAUUUGUAUACCGUUGAAACAUUUCCAACAGUGAUACGAGGUAGCUGCUUAGGUUUAUGCGUGGUAUUCGCAAAACUUGGUAGCCUAAGCAUACCAUAUUCGCUGCUGUCGGUAAAACAUGUGCCACUUCCAGUACCAUUAUUGGCUGUUGGCAUAUUGUGCCUCAUCGGCGGACUUUUGGUUUUGAUUUUACCAGAGACUCUUAAUAGAAUUCUACCGGACCGAAUAGCGAGUGUGCAGAAUAUAAUCGAUGACAGCAGUUUCAAAAAUGAUAGCGUUAAUAUAGAAAAUGAUACAGAGAACAAUUUGACAGACAGGCAAAUUCUAAGGGAGAAACUUUUUUCAGAGGACUGGGUGGAUGCUGGUAAUGGAAUUUUGGUGAAUUUUACAGAGAAUAAAAAUAUCGAAUAAUAUGUAGGCUAAAGUAA